UAGGGUUUUAAGAAAUUCCAUUAAAGGGUAAAAGUUGAUAGUUUGAAGCAUGGAGAAAGAGGAGCAUAGGAUAGCGCAAGUUGAAAUAGCAAAGCAAAGAUGCAUUUGCGUGAUUGAUUCAAUUCAACAGUUACCAUCUUCUUCAAACAUCACUCACUCCUGCAAACGAACCCUCCUCAAAUUGGCACGUGCCGACCUCGCUUUUCUCUCUAGAACCUCUUCUUCUUCUUCUUCUUCUUCUUCCCCUCUCAGUGUCAACAUUGGGCACCUGGAAGCAGUUGUACAUAUUCUACAACAGCCUUUCAUAAGCGGAGUUUCUAGAGUUUGCAAAUCAAUCCCACUAUCGCCUUCAGUUAGUCGUGAAGAGAGACACAGUUCUUCUCUUAAAGAUAUCCAUGUUGAUGUGGUGUGUAUCCUCAACGGGAAGCCUGUGUGGAUUAUAGUAUCUGAUAGGAAUCCAAAGUACAUUUCAUGGAAUGAGUGUCACAAAAGUAAGGGUUUGAAGCUACGUAUUCAACAAGUACUUGCUGCUGCCAAAUCGAACUUAACCUUAAGACCGUCCUCAGUUAUUAUUUUCUUUGCCAAUGGGAUCUCAAGCAAUGUUUAUGACAAGCUUCGGGAUGAGUUCGGAGCAUCUGAAAUCCAGUUGGAGUUUUCGGUUUUCAGUUCAAACAUGCUGGAAGAAACAGAAUGUGACUGGAUAAAUGUUAUUGCGAGAUCAUACAGAGAUGCACGUGUUCUUGAAAUCAACGUUGCUGGUGACAAGGAUGUUUUUCUAAAUUCGGGAUGUAGUGUUGAAGGUUCGAGUGUGAAUUCUUCUCAAGUAGAGUUUUCAGUAGAAAAACCUGAAACACGGCUGCAUCUUUUGGACGAAAAUACCAUUAAUGGGGGUUCGUCUCAACUUGAGUGUUCAAUAGAUAAAGCUGAAACUAGACCGCAGCUCAUACAAGAGGGUAUUGAAACGAAGUUGGGUGAUACCUUUUGUUCUGUUAUUACGAGAAUGAAACUUAGCUCCCUGGACGAUUCAAAUUAUGAAUCGACUGGGCCUACGAAUCUUUUAGAUGAAAGUGAUCUGGUAAAUUUUGAUACAACAGCUUUGAUAGCUUUUGUAUCAGGGAUUAGUAAUGGUGGAACAGAGAAACUUUUGGCCACUCCAGAAAUUGAACUGAGACAGCGGUUUAAGGGAAACUUUGACUUUGUGAUUGGUCAAAUAAUGUCUGAACUUCAAAAUCCAAUCCAUGUGGAGUUUGGUAAAGUCCUAUGUGGGAAGCUUGGCAUAAUUUGUGAGAGUGUUCUUUCAGAAUUUAAGGAGUUGGUACUAAUGUGUGGAGGGCCCAAUGAGAAACUUAGAGCUGACAAGUUAAUAAAUUGUCUCAGGGUUGUUUCCGAUACUCCUUCAGAACGAAUGAUGGGCCUCCCAACAACUAGGAAGUUGGCAUUAAAAAACAAAGUUGUCUUUGGCACUGGUGACUAUUAUCGUGCUCCGACUUUGACGGCAAAUAUGGCGUUUGUCAGAGCAGUUUCACAAACGGGGAUGUCCCUCUCUAGUAUUGAACAUAGACCAAGGGCCUUGACUGGUGAUUAGUUACAUUACAUGCAUUCAUGACAACUACUGUUAAAGCAUUCACACACAAGAAACUAAGACUAGGUAAAGAAUAGGAGCACAAGCAAACUUGGUGACCAACAUGUGCACUUACAAAGGAAACCUCUUUCUCGUGAUUUUGAGCAUAAGACAUGGCAAUGAAUGAUGCUACCACCUGCAACUUUUUUUUUUUUUUUUAAACGGCAGAAUAUAUUCUUUGUCGAGAGGGUGAAAGAAAUACCAACAACUCGCACCUGCAACUGAUGACGCUUUUCUGAUCUUGAGGAGCCACAUUGAAGUUGUUGGUGGGGACAGUGCUUCAACAACCACACAAGGUGGACCCUUCCCAAGUUUUGUCUGCCAUAAAGAGUGCUUUCACUCUCAUCUUUUGUUGUGAUUAUUAGUUAUUACUCCCUCUUUAGUUCAAGUGAAGAAUGGUGGGAGUACUGCAAUGUUGGUGCUCUAUGUACAGAUUUCUUAUUUGACAAAAAUGUGAACAAAAUUUUGGGAGGUGGGUUGAGUGAGUGGCCUUGUAUAUAUAUUUUGUUGUGUUUGCCUUAACUAUAUGGGUAACCUAUACAUUUGAAUAUAGUUUUGUUACUUGUUUGCUGCAUCUCUUCUAUAUAUGAAACCUAAUUGAUUUUCAAGUCCAAUGAGACUGAAUUGAGGCGAUUCAAACUAAA